GGACGCUUUGGACCUUUGGGCGACCAAAAGUUCUGCCGAGACACGCGGAAAACACGCCUUGAAACCUAUGUCAGGAAUGGUUGGGCUCCUUUUUGGGGCGUUGCUGGCAAACAGCACAUUGUUUUUGAUCAGUUGUGCUAUCAUCCCUUGAUGGAGCUGGUAAAUGCUAACCAUUUCGUGACUCUCGCAGGCGUUGGGUAUUUGAAAAGUCGAGUUUAUGGGUACCGGCCGCAGAUCGACAUCAGUUGGCCUGAGAUGCCGGUGACCAUGGAUGCUGCAAACCGCGAGUGUGACUGCAGCGCGCGGCCACGGCUGGUGUCAUUUCAAGGCGCAGGCACGCGGAAGGUGCGACACACGCUGCAGGAAUUGCACGAUGGCGAGGAAAUUGUCGUGCACGUGGUAGAUGUUUCGAAGAGCUCGUUGAAUACCACAGAUGCGCGGUGGAAUCUGAGCCAUCCAAUCAAGCAACCGUAUGCCAAUCUCAUGUGGGAAAGUGACUUUGCCUUGGCUCCUGCAGGUCACACCCAGUGCUCUUUACGUCUCUAUGAGAUCAUGUCCUUCUGCACUAUCCCCGUGAUCCUGGCCGAUGAAAAACUCCUUCCCUUCAGUGAGAUUCUCAAUUGGUCUGAGAUGGCUGUGCUGGUGCCCGAGAAGGAAGCCCUGUCCAUCCCCAUGCGGUUGCGUAGCAUCGACCCUGCGACGCGUUGCGCAAUGCGGCGCAAGGCCCAUGAGGCAUUCCACAGAUACUUUGCAAAUGUCACCGCGAACAUCCGGGGUCUCCUGGACGUUUUGCAAAUGUACUGGCAGGAAGGAUUUGGCCCCAACGAGGAGUCACGGAGAUUGGAGCAAGAGUUCCAGCAGCACUCGCGGCUCUUGUCCUGGUCCCCACUGGCGCAAGAGGAUUUUCAGCGGCGAAUCAGCAGCUUGGCCCAUUUGCGACAUGGAGCGCACUUGGACCAGGACAAGGAUUGCAAAGUAUCCUUAAACGAAGUGCUGACAUUUGCUUCCGCAGGUCAUCAAGCCGGUGCUGAAUCCCUGGCGUGUUGGGCCAUGAGUGCUGUUGGCACUGGAGGGGCCGUGUCCUGGGAGAUGCUUUCGAAGCAUUUCAAGGCUUUCCAUGGCAGCUCGAGCAAAGAAGAGCUCCACCAUAUCUUCCAACAGAAAGAUGUCGACGGCUGCUACCUCAGCUGGGAGGAACUGGGUGCGGUGGGAAUUUUGGAGAGUUCAGGCAAUGGGCUCAGCCUGAAGGAAGGUCAAGCCUGGCACGAGGAUUUGGAGCUGCUGGAGCUCUUGGUGACUUCUGCUUUCCAUCACUUGGAUUCUGACUGGGACCAGCAGCUGAACCGCAGGGAGUUUGAAUCCGUUGAGGCAUGCGAGGAUGCCUUGGAUUUUUCGACGCCCAGAUCUCAAGCUUCGCAUCAUGCCCUGCGCGAGCUGCUUUGGCAACCCUUGCUGUCCUGGGAAAUACGACAACUGGCCUUGCAGCAAGGCUUUGCCUUGGCCGAUGAAGACCAAGAUGGACAGCUUAGUGGUCCAGAGAUGGAAAGGCCCUCCGGGCAGCAGCUGCUGCAUCUGCUCAGCGACGUUGCGACGACAUCCUCGUCGUUUCAAAGCGCCGGUUGCGUCGCACGGACCUGGCGCCGGGAGGAGCCCUGGGCCCAGGAGCUGCGACGUUGCGGUUUUGUGCACCUGUUGCCGGGCCUAUUUCCAGAGGCAUUCGUGACUGAGACCUUAACGCUGGCGAAACGGUCCAAUUGCAGCGUGCAACCAUUGAAUGCAGAAGGGAUCUCGCUGGAUCAUGGAGACUUGCGACAGGCACUGCAGGAAGUGAUGAGCCCAAAGGAGUGCUGCGAAGUCCUUGCGCUACAAUUCGAAUGCCUCCCACAGUUCGAGGACGUGGAUGCCCCGGCGUGGCGCGGCAGCAACUCUCCAGGCCGAGAGGUUGAGCGCUAUACAGUGCUUUUGGUGUUGGAGCCCGUGACCGUCCCCUUGUUGGCCUUCGCGGCGCAUUCCGAGAGAUCCUGGGAUCAUCCGGGCUG